AGAGGGGUGGGGACCUGGGGUGGGCUGCUCCCUCCUGCUCUGCCCCAUUCCACAGCCUGCAGAAAGCAGACUCUAGACAACUGAGUCACUCCCCUUUUUGAAGGGGGAGGAGGAAGAGGUGGUGAAGGAGGAGGGGGAAUAAAGGUAACUAGCCCCAGUCUGCUUCCCCAGAGCAACUGGAGGAGGGCCUGGCAGCUCUGCAGCGACUUCUGGCCCACUCCUGAACCAUGCCCCCCUGUCUCUUCCAGCUCAGCCCCAGGCGAGGAAUUGAUGCCUUGAGCUGAGAGCUCAAACUUGUGUGACUUUUCUUCUUCCCAACAACUGAAUCAUGUCAUGUGCUCAGAGGAGCUGGCUGGCAAACUUCUCCAUUGUGGCUCAACUCCUUCACUGGGGUGUCUUUUGCCAUGAGCGACAGCCCCAGCCAGGCCCGGUGGGCUUCCUGGACAGGAGGCAAGAGCAAUUUAUCAAGACCCUGCCAGAAUACCUUGUAGUGGGCCCUGUUCAAGUAGAUGCCAGUGGACAUUUUCUAUCAUAUAAUUUGCACCAUACCAUCUCCAGCAGCAGAAGGAAGAGAGAUGUGGAUGGCUCAGAGGACCGGGUAUACUACAGAAUUUCACACGAGGACAUGGACCUGUUUUUUAACUUGACAGUUAACCAGGAGUUCCUUUCCAAGAACUAUAUUGUCGAGCGGCGGUAUGGGAACCUCUCCCAUGUUAAGAUCGUGGCUUCCUCAAUACCCCCUUGCCAUCUCUGGGGUUCAGUUCUGCAACAGGGAGACAGGAUUGGCUCUGCAACCCUCAGCUCCUGCCAUGGACUGACUGGAUUUUUCCAUCUACCACAUGGAGACUUUUUCAUUGAGCCUGUCAGAAAUCAUCUACCAGUGGAGGGAGGCUACCACCCACACAUCAUUUACAAAAGGCAGAGGCUGAACACUCCCCAGAUGAAGGAACCAACCUGUGGAUUAAAGGAUAAUCUUGCCACAUCCCAGAAGCAAGAGCUACAGCAAGAAAAGUGGAAGAAGAAUAAUUUGCCAAGUAGAAGUCUCUCUCGGCGUUCUAUCAGCAAAGAGAGAUGGGUGGAGACACUAGUGGUGGCUGACAGGAAGAUGAUUGAGUACCAUGGGAGUGAAAACGUGGAAUCCUAUAUCCUCACCAUCAUGAAUAUGGUCACUGGACUAUUCCAUAACCCCAGUAUUGGUAAUGCAGUUCACAUUGUGGUAGUUCGACUCAUUCUACUUGAAGAAGACGAGCAAGGAUUGAAAAUAGUUCACCAUGCAGAGAAGACACUGUCCAGCUUCUGUAAGUGGCAGAAGAGCAUCAAUCCCAAGAGUGACCUCAACCCUGCCCAUCAUGAUGUGGCUGUCCUUAUCACCAGGAAAGACAUCUGUGCUGGUGUCAAUCGUCCCUGCGAAACCCUGGGCCUAUCUCACCUAUCAGGAAUGUGCCAGCCUCACCGGAGCUGUAACAUCAACGAGGAUUCAGGACUCCCUCUGGCAUUCACCAUUGCGCAUGAGGUGGGACACAGCUUUGGCAUUCAGCAUGAUGGGAAAGAGAAUGAUUGUGAGCCUGUGGGCCGGCACCCCUUCAUCAUGUCCCGCCAGCUCCAGUAUACCCCCACCCCGCUGACAUGGUCCAAGUGCAGCAAGGAGUACAUUACCCGCUUCUUGGACCGAGGCUUGGGAUUUUGUCUUGAUGACAUUCCCAAAAAGAAAGGCCUGAGGUCCAAGGUCAUUGCUCCUGGAGUGAUCUAUGAUGUUCACCACCAAUGCCAGCUGCAGUAUGGCCCCAAUGCUACCUUCUGCCAGGAAGUAGAAAAUGUUUGCCAGACCUUGUGGUGCUCAGUCAAAGGCUUUUGUCGCUCUAAGCUGGAUGCUGCUGCAGAUGGGACACAGUGUGGUGAGAAGAAGUGGUGCAUGGCUGGCAAGUGUAUCACAGUGGGGAAGAAACCAGAGAGCAUUCCUGGAGGCUGGGGCCAGUGGUCACCCUGGUCCCACUGUUCCAGGACCUGUGGGGCUGGAGCCCAGAGCGCAGAGAGGCUCUGCAACAGCCCAGAACCAAAGUUUGGAGGGAAGUACUGUACUGGAGAAAGAAAACGCUAUCGAUUGUGCAAUGUCCACCCCUGCCGACCAGAUACACCCUCAUUUCGACAAAUUCAAUGCAGUGAGUUUGACACUGUUCCAUACAAGAAUGAAUUCUACCGCUGGUUUCCAGUUUUCAGUCCAGCACAUCCUUGUGAGCUCUACUGCCGACCCAUUGAUGGACAGUUUUCUGAGAAAAUGCUGGAUGCUGUCAUUGAUGGUACCCCUUGCUUCGAAGGUGGCAACAGCAGAAAUGUCUGUAUUAAUGGCAUAUGUAAGAUAGUUGGUUGUGACUAUGAGAUUGACUCCAGCGCCACAGAGGACCGCUGUGGCGUGUGCCUUGGAGAUGGCUCUAUGUGUCAGACUGUGAAGAAGAUGUUUAAACAGAAAGAAGGAUCUGGCUAUGUUGAUAUUGGGCUAAUUCCAAAAGGAGCAAGGGACAUAAGGGUCAUGGAGGUUGAGGAAGCUGGAAACUUUCUGGCAAUCAGGAGUGAAGACCCUGAAAAAUAUUAUCUCAAUGGAGGAUUUAUUAUCCAGUGGAAUGGGAACUACAAGCUUGCAGGUACCAUCUUUCAGUAUGACAGGAAAGGAGACCUGGAAAAACUGAUGGCCACAGGUCCCACUAAUGAGUCAGUGUGGAUUCAGCUUCUUUUCCAGGUGACUAACCCUGGCAUCAAGUAUGAGUACACCAUCAGGAAGGACGGCUUUGAUGCAGAGCAGUUGGUGUACUUCUGGCAAUAUGGCCCCUGGACAGAGUGCAGUGUAACAUGUGGGACAGGUAUCCGCCGCCAGACUGCCCACUGCAUCAAGAAGGGCAACGGGAUGGUGAAAGCUACUUUCUGUGACCCAGAAACACAGCCCAAUGGGAGACAGAAGAAAUGCUAUGAAAAGGAUUGCCCACCCAGGUGGUGGGCAGGGGAAUGGACAGCCUGUUCCAUGACGUGUGGACCCCAUGGAGAACAGAAGCGAACCGUUCUAUGCAUCCAGACCAUGGGCUUUGAUGAGCAGGCCCUCCCAGCUAUAGACUGUCAACACCUGCUGAAGCCCAAGACCCUCAUUUCCUGUAACAGAGACAUCUUGUGUCCAUCAGACUGGACGGUGGGCAACUGGAGUGAGUGUUCUGUUUCCUGUGGUGGUGGAGUGCGGAUUCGCAAUGUCACAUGUGCCAAGAACCACAAUGAGCCUUGUGAUGUGACAAGGAAACCCAAUAGCCGAGCGUUAUGUGGCCUGCAGCAAUGCCCAUCCAGCUGGAGAGUUCUGAAACCCAAUAGAAAUCCACUUUUCAAUGGAAAAAAGCCAUCUACACCUAAACAAGACCCCAUCACGCCCAUCCCUCCCACCACAUCCAGUCCCAGAAUUCUCACCACGACCAUGGCCUUAGAUCCUGUGCAAGCAAGUGCUCUGACCACUGACAGCCCUAUUUCUACCUCAGCUUCUAGAGGAGACCUGGAUGAGAAGCAGUGGCACAGUAGUUCAACCCCAACUGAACUGGACAUUUCCACUGGAAGUACUUCCCAACCUUCCCUCACUACAUGGUCUUUGAGUCCCCAGCCUAAUAAAAAGAAUGUUUCUAUUUUGGAUACUAGCCUUACCUCAGAGAGAAAUCUUGUAGCCACAACCAUGAGAGGUUCCGAUUUGUUGUCUUCCCACACUCUGAUGUGGCAGGUGACUCCAUUUCACAGUACAUUGACCAAAAAGCCAGACAUGGAGAUUCAUAGUGGUUCAGGGGAUGACAGGGAAUUGCCUGAGGGUGAAACUGAAGGCAACUCUGUAACAUGGACUAAAAUCAGAGUACCUGCUAAUGAUGAUUCAGUAGAAAGUACAGAAGUGCCACUUGAACCUCCACCAACUCCUUAUCUCAAAGGGGGAUCCUUGUGGUCAUCCUUCAGCACAGUCAUGGAAGGACUUCUACCCAGCCAAAGGCCUAUCGUUCUCAAAAAUGGUACCCCCAGAGCUGAGGGGAUGGUCAUGGACAAGCCAACUAAUACUCCACUCCAUCCAGAAGAGGACCACAGGGUAGCAUCCUCAGAAAAGUCAGGAAAUCAUAACCCCUCAGAACUUCCAAGCAACAUGAAUCCAACACAGAGUUCAGGACCAGUCCUGACCAAGGAAGAUGCAACAGGUCUGAUUGCUGAAGGUUUUUUGCUGAACACCUCCAAUUACAAACAGCUCUCUAUGGACCACAGCCCUCCCCACUGGGUUGUUGGAAACUGGAGUAAGUGCUCCACCACAUGUGGGAUGGGGGCCUACUGGAGGAGCGUAGUGUGCAGCACUCGUGUGGACUCCGACUGCAAGGCCCUUCAGCGUCCUGACGUGACCAAGAGAUGCCAUCUCCAUCCCUGUGCUAGCUGGAAAGUGGGCAACUGGAGCAAGUGUUCCAGGUCCUGCGGAGGUGGAGUUCAGGAGAGAGCGGUGACUUGUCCCAAAGGUCUUUGUGACUGGACAAAAAAACCUGUGCCCUUUGCACCAUGUAAUGGACACCCUUGCUGCCACUGGACUACUGGGAACUGGGACCUGUGCACUACCUCCUGUGGGGGAGGCCUUCAGAAGAGGACUGUCCACUGUGUCUCCUCAGAUGAUAGUAAAACAGAAGACCAAGACAGAUGCUCCUGUGAUCAUGUACCCAGACCCCCUGAACUUCAGAAAUGCAACCAGCAGGCCUGCAGGAAGGGUGCUGAUGGCCUUUGCACCAAGGACAAGUUAUCAGUUGGUUUUUGCCAGACACUGAAAGCCAUGAAGAAAUGUUCUGUACCCACCGUGAGGGUUCAAUGCUGCCUCUCCUGUUUCCAGACACACAGCAUCCCUACCCAAAAGCCAAGAAGACGGCAAUUGCUCAACACCACCAAAGCACUUUAAGUCCAGAAGGAUGCCAGCUUCCACCAUAAACUACAGCAUCCUUCUGGUCAAGACACUGAGGUUCUGCUCUUUGUGUUCUGGAUCCAACUAUGGGUCAUAGCAAAGUAAAAUUCACUGUGUUCCUUUAGCCACAAAACAUCCCUCACAGGAUACAUGAGGUUGUGCUACCCUGCUCCCUGAUAGGAAGGAGAAAACUUAGAAGAACUGGGCAUGAGGUCCUGGGAAUGAUUCCAAAUCAGGCAAGACUGUGAAAUGUAUAUCUUUUUCCCCCUUAAAAGAUGCAGACAAAGAGAAUAAACUUUCCCAGACUACGUCAAGAGUAUCAGGAAACAGUCAUACUCAUAGUGUUAAUUUACCUUGGGGAAAACGUUCCUUUUUUUCCCCUGCCUCUUUGGGCAACUCCUAUUUUAAAUGUCAUGGGAAAACUUCAGGAAUAUUUUUUUAAUAUUUUCAGGCAGAGGUUGGUUGUCAUUACCCAGUUUCAGUAAGGGGAGGGAGUGACAGGAAAUUAAUUUGCUGGCUGGAGCCCUCAGUCUGUCCCUAUAGAUGCCAUGUCAGAGCUUCCUACUUGGAGACACAAGAAAGAAAGAGCAAAUACAAGAAUUCUAAUUCUAAGUCAACCAAAAGAACUCAAGUAGUAUAGUUGGAAGACAUGCCCUGACAUCUUGAGAAGUUUCUAUGUAAAUAGUCUUUAAGAAGCAAAUGACUCAAAUUCAAUUUCUUGCUGCUGUCAGAAAGGGAAUGAGAACCUUAAUUCUCCUUAUUCUUGACAAAUGCCUAUAACUUUGUAGAAGAACAUUCUUCCGGUUAGCAUCUUCCAUGUCUGUACUACCCACUUGGAUGGGGCCAUUGUCCCUGAGGAACGACUGCUCCAACAGGGUCCUGCCUAUAGCUCCAACUGGGAAAGAUGGAGCUCUAGAUUAAAGUGUGUCAAAGAACUGGGUAAAUGCACAAAGAACUUUUAUUUUAGAGGAUAAAACUUCUCAAAAUGAGGUAGAGGAUACCUACUUACAGUGCACCCAGUAGUCUACAUUUGAGAGUCUGCUUUCCAGCAACAGUCAAGUAG